GGAAGUCCACGUGAUCUGUGCUCAGUCCAGGGAGGAAGCAGCUGCAGGGUCCUGGCAUGUAAAUAACGCCCUGUCUGUAUCUACACUGUACGGCCGGAGCCAUUUCAGGGGAGACAUGGCCAUCCUGUUCUCGGUUGUUGCGAGGGGAACCACCAUACUGGCGAAGCAUGCCUGGUGCGGAGGAAAUUUCCUGGAGGUGACGGAGCAGAUCCUGGCCAAGAUCCCCUCAGAAAACAACAAGCUGACGUACUCUCAUGGCAGUUAUCUGUUCCAUUACAUCUGUCAGGAUAGAAUCAUCUACCUUUGCAUCACCGAUGACGAUUUUGAGCGUUCCCGGGCUUUUACUUUCUUGAAUGAAGUAAGGAAGAGGUUUCAGACAACCUAUGGAUCCAGGGCACAGACCGCUCUCCCCUAUGCCAUGAACAGCGAAUUCUCCAGUGUCCUCGCAGCGCAGCUGAAGCAUCAUUCAGAAAACAAGACUGUAGACCGUGUAGUGGAGACACAAGCCCAAGUGGACGAGCUGAAAGGAAUUAUGGUCCGGAAUAUAGAUCUUGUAGCCCAGAGAGGAGAACGAUUAGAACUAUUAAUCGAUAAAACGGAGAACCUUGUGGACUCAUCGGUCACCUUUAAGACCACAAGCAGAAACCUCGCCAGGGCUAUGUGCAUGAAGAAUUUGAAGCUGACCAUCAUUAUUGCUAUUGUAACAAUAGUCAUCAUCUAUAUCAUUGUGUCGGCAGCAUGUGGAGGGCUGAGCUGGCCUAGCUGUGUGAAUAAGUAACCGCCUCUCCUCUGCUGCAUGAAGACCAUCGACAGGAACCAGAACAUAACCUACUACUUGUUCACAAAUGUAGCGUCCCGUAGAAAAGAGACUUAAUGGAAAAGCCUUUUCCCCUCCCCGAAGACACUGAGGUGUCAGAAGUUCUCCUCAAUCUGUCGUCCCUCCAUCCUUACUGGACAAUGUAUCUCUAUGCCUUAUACCUCCCUCACCCCAUUGUCCUGUACAGUCAGGCUUCUGCUGGAGAUGAAGGACGGUGACGGGGGAGAUGUCAUCUGUGGUUCCGACCAUUUGUCAGUUUACUUCCUAAAUAAUAUAUAUGUAUAUUGGACUGGUUCAUGUUUUAACCUCCGGAAAGUGGUUCAAUUUAUUUUAAUUUCCUUUGGCCCGGCCGCCCUCGCGCUGCUUGUCCACGCACCUGUCUUCUAUGUAUGUCUUGCACACAUAUGAUAUGACCUUUUGCUCCACCUCCUUGAAAUCGUCAUCUCACUUCUGGCCUUGUCAAGGUUAGGUAGGUGAUUUUUCUGUGUGCUUGGGAUCAUCUGGCGGUUGCAUCACCAUUUUUGAUAGGACAAAGAAAUGCUGGAAAAACCUCACGUUAAAAUCUGUCUUCUUCUAUCCAGCUGUUGCCUCCUUAUAGUUGCUUUUAGGCAGGCGGGGCGAUAACCAGUUUGCUGCCAUAGGGUUCCCAGACUUGACCUGCGGUGCAGAUUUAAGGUCCACAGCAUGUCAAUUUCCGCAUAUUUCACACUUUGCAGCGAAAUCCAGGACAAAUCCACAGUGGAAUUUCUGCCUGUGGGUUUAGGCCGGACUCGCGCGAGUUUAAUUUGGAUGUAUUUUUCUACUGUAUUACUCCAUAGGAUUCACUGACCUGAACUCUGAUCGUUAUAG